UAUAAUAGUUUGGCCCCCAGUUUGUAUCAAAAUUAGAAGUAUCAGAAAAAACAUCAGUAAGAUGUUUCCCGUGGAACCUGGACGUAGCCAGCGUCUUGUACCUCUUUCAACGGAUCUGAUCCAGGACAUAAAGGCCCACGGAAAUGAGUAUCAAUCAGCAGCCAACAAUUAUCGAGAGGUAGAGGGUAUGGGCGAUAGCAGGAUAGCUGGACGAGCAGCUGCAUCCACUUGCCAGCAACCCAUUCCUUCGGAUAUUAGGCGGCGCAUUGCUGGACUUGCCGAAGGUCCCAUUGUGGUAACUCCUACAGUAUCGAUGACUUUCCUCUCCAAAUCCAGACCAAGGCCACAAAAGAACACUUCAACUGUCAAGGAGGAAAAGGCGGUGGCUAGAGAAUCCCGGAUGGAGCUUUGGGUCAGGGAUGCUAAGGUUCAAGCACUCGCCCAAAGAGUACGACUAUCCUUUGCACCGGAUUACGAAGGCAAGGAAAAGCUAUUGAAGCAACCGUCGAACGCCAUGUCCCUCCAAUUAAAGGACAAGCUGACGCCCAGUAUGGUUCUGACCAGUCUAAAGACUCACUUGGACACCUUGGCGGAUGGCGUGCGCUCUCUGCAGUCCUGGAUUCCCAUCCUGAUCGAUCAGAAUACGCAGCUCAGGAAGGGGCAGUUCCCGGCACUUGAUGGCCCAAAAUCUACUGUGUCGCUCUGCGUCAAAACCAGCUCUGAUGUGAGCUUCCUUUCCUGUUCCUCGGAUGAGUCGAACACCUCCUUAGAGUUGGAUGUGCCGGCUAAGAAGUCGGGAAAGGAACGCGAUAGCAGUAGGGAACUCUACUAUGGCAUGCAGAUGCACCUGGUCAACAUGCUCGUCUUGCCCAAGUCCCGCACCUCGUUGAUGCUCAACCAGCGAAAGCAAAUGACCUCCUAUUUGGGCGAAUGUUGUAGUCGUUUUCGGCAUGAAUAUACCGAGGAGGAUUGGAAUCGGGAUCUAGAGGCGGCUGCCUUCCUUAAUGGUUCCUCCAUCAAGGCCACUCGGCGCUCCAAGAAUGUGCGUCGUCAGUGAAAGUGAAAGACCUCUUUAUUUGCCUCAAAACGAUUUGAGAAAUUGUGCCUGUCAUGUGCAGGGGAUCGGGGUCUGGAAUUUUUCGGGAAAAGCUUUUAGCUGGGACAUCUUGUCUGCGUUGAGGGCUAAAACAAAAGCCGUGUUUUUCGACGGCUCAGUUUUCCCAUUGCUAUUCAUCGUAUGAGCUUUCUUUUGUGGCAUCUCUCGAAAGGGUUAAGCGGGUUAAACCCCAGUUCUAUCCCAGAUGGUUCUUCGUCAAAUUAGCUCUAUCAAAACCAGUUCCAUACACCAAAAGAACCAUUUCACAAAGACAAACUGUUCAAAUUGGGUGAAUACAUACUCUUUUUAUAAAGCAUUCUUAGAUUAAUGCCGACAUUAUUUGCAUUUUAAUAAUAUCUUGUACA